AUGGCACGACUAGACGGCAAGGUAGCACUCAUAAGCGGCGGCGCGCGCGGACAGGGCGCUGCGGAGGCGAUUCUCUUCGCCAGGGAGGGCGCAAAAGUAGUCAUCGGCGACCUGCUCGACGACGAAGGCAGGCAGAUUGAAGCGCAGAUAGCCGAACUCGGCGGCGAUGCGACCUACCUCCACCUCGAUGUAACCAGCGCCGACGACUGGGACGCAGCCGUGCAGACCGCCCUCGACCGCUACGGCAGGCUCGACAUCCUCGUCAACAACGCCGGUAUCGGUGGCACGGGAGGCGGGCUGGAGAACGCUACCUUGGAGAGUUGGGACCGCACGCUUGACAUCAACGCCAAGGGCGUCUUUCUCGGCACAAAGGCGGCGAUACCCGCCAUCCGCGACGCUGGCGGCGGCUCCAUCGUCAACAUCUCGUCCAUCGCGGGCAUCAUCGGCCUCGGGACCGGCAACCCCGCCUACGCCGCGAGCAAGGGUGCCGUCCGCCUCCUCACCAAGUCCACCGCCAUCCAGCACGCCCCCGACAACAUCCGCUGCAACUCCGUUCACCCCGGCAUGAUUGUCACCGCCAUGACCGAGGCGACACUUGCCGACCCCGAACGCCGGAAGUACUGGGACGACAACAUCCCGCUCGGCAGGCUCGGCACCGUGGACGACAUCGCCAACGGCGUACUAUUCCUCGCCUCCGACGACUCAUCCUUCGUAACCGGCAGCGAGCUAGUCAUAGACGGCGGCAUAGUCGCGCAGUAG